AUCCAUGAUGAUUUGUUCGGUGGCCAAGAACUUUGUCACCUUCCUAAUUGCUUUUGGACUUUUCGGAGGUCUUGGAGCUGGCAUGUUAUUUUUGCCCCCUUUGGUAUUGAUUGGGCACUUUUUCCGGUCGAAAUUGGCCUUGGCCACGUCCAUUGCCAGGAUGGGAUCACCAUGUGGAGGAUGUGUUCUAGCUCCUUUGGCCAGUCUGCUGAUCCAACUCUUGGGUUGGCAUUAUGCAUUCUUCGUUUUGUGCUGCAUCACAUUCCUGGUCCCCAUUGCUUGUAUGUUUCUGCGAGCGGAGCCUGAUAAAAUGGAACAAGCCAAUGAUUUGGGUCGGCUCUCAAGAAGUCAAUCGUCGUUGAAUACCCGAACUAUGAUUCAGGAAGGUCAACCUAAGAGUGCUUAUAUGGGCAUCCCUUUGCAAUCUUUGGCUGAUAAUGCCCCUAGGGAACCUCCUCCAGAACCAAAAUCUCUUUUUAUGUUGUUCCCGUUCCAAAAUCUGAUCAUGAACAUUGCCACUGAUGUGGGAAAAGAAGAGGAAAAGGCCAAAGGACUCAUCACUUUGAAAGAUUGGGAUCCAACUUCUGGCCAGUCGUUCAUUGAGUUUGCUUUAUCUCUAACAUUGCCAUGGGCUAAGACAUUCACCGAAAAUUGUGAGAAGAGUAAAACUCGAAUCUCUAUGCUAAUGGAAGAGGCUUCAGUUUCAAUUUGCUUGCCCGAUCUAAAUCCAGAACUAAAAGAGACUCUCUCAGAGCCUUUUUUGAAAGGUCAGCAACGUCUUUCCUCUUACUUAGACCAAUACGAAAUCCAAUUCAAUCCCGAGGUCAAGGAUAACAUGAUGAAGCAAAUCAAAAGUGGCCAUGAAUCGUUCCGAAAUUUAUUCCGUGAAUCGUGGAUUGGAACCUCACUCUCCAAUUCCGAACAAGAAGCCUUCCGUGAAAACGAAGAAGCCAAAUCCGAGUCUGGUACAAAUCCAGCCGGGAAUGACAGCCCUAUCCCAACAUUAUUUAGCAUAGGUCGACUUCCCAUUCGAAGAAGUAUGACUGAACCUAAGUCAGAUCCCUCCAAUGAAUUUCAAAUGAUCCAAAAAAGUGACGACUUUCAUCGGCCUUCUCCGAGUAUUCCAAGGACAAACACCAACCCUAAUGAUAUGCCUAAACGAAGGAUUGAAGGCGUUGUGUAUAGAGACAAAAGUAGAGCCCGAACAUUAAGGAAGCAAUCUAACGUGAGCCCACCUCCAAUUUACAGAUGCAGUGGUCCCAGGAGUAGCCUUAAGGACAUCAUAGUAGACAUCCGGAAGCAAUCCCUAGCACAGCCUUCUCAGCCACCUCAGUCCAAUUGGAGCAAGUUGAAAAGUUGCUUUGCCCUGGACAUGAUAUGCAAUUCCAGUUUUAUGUUCUUCUGCUUGGCGAAUGCCAUUGGAAACGCCUCCAGUUUCAUACCUCUCGUAUACCUUCACGAGUUCAUGUUCUUGUAUUCGUUCACGAGCACACAGUGCUCCAUUGUCAUAGCCUUAAUUCAAGUCCUCAAUGCAGCUGGACGAGUUCCCUUGGGAUGGAUCGUGGACAUGUCUUGUAUGAGCCCCAUAAUUGUGAGUGCCAUACUUUGGGCCGUGUCUGGCGGAGCACUCUUUCUUUUGACCUUUUGCCAAACAUAUUGGGCUUUUCUAUGUCUUGGUAUGCUCUUCGGAUUAGGUAACGCGGUUCUUUCGAUCCAGAGUGUGGUCUUAAUUGAUAUUUUGAGCUUGAGUCAACUUCCAAAAGCCUUAGGAGUGCUCUUGUUUUGUGAAGGUUUGGCCAAAAUUAUCAUUCCUCCUUUGGCCGGGUUCUUGGCUACAGAAUACCAGAACCAUAACGUGAUUUUCUAUUUCAGCAGUUUUGGCUUCCUUUUCAGUUGUGUUAGUUGUUUUUUGUCAUAUGUGGUGCAGCAAAUUCGAGUUUUUCGAAAGACUCAAUCUAGUGCAGUGCAUGUUUGAUUUCCAGAUGUUCUUCCUCUUGAAUAGCCAUAAGUGCGAUAAUUAUAUUCUUGCUCUUUUCAUUAAUCAGAAGACCAAAGAAUUUUCACGCUAUCAAUAUUUUUUGUAUCUUUUAAGGAUAUGAACCCAGACAGUUUUGCUUUUAGAUUCCAAUUCAAACUACUAACCCUCUUAUUGAGCUUUAGUUUGUGCUGUCCUAAAUAAAUCCCGAGGGAAAACAUUUUCAACUUUAUCACAUUGAUGAAUAAACAUGAAACAUGUAUAUCGAAAACACACAAGUUUUUGCCUACGUAUACCUCUAAUGUAUUUGUGAGGGAAAAUGAACACGUUGCACAAAUUCUUGGCAUAGAAAUGGUUCUAGUUUCCCCGUACACGUAGAUACCCGUUUCACGUAACUUUCCACACCUCUGAGAUUGGGACUAAGUGUUACAAAUUUUUGUAAUUUCAAUUAGGCAGAAUUGCGAAACAACUAUUUUUCCCCAAUAAGUUGCCCUGUUACUCGAAUUCCAAUAUGUUGUCACAACACAGAGCAAGAUCAAGAGUAUGCAUUAGGAGAAAGCGAAGCAAAC